UAUUGGUUGUCGUUUUAACCGCACCCAUCAAUCCAGUAGAAUAUAUAAACACAUUCUACAAGCCCCUGCCCUCUCAAAUCACAUUCUACAAAUCUCAAUCUCACUAAGGUCAGCAUUGAGAAAGAGAAAUGAAGGGAACUCUCUGCUUAUCAAUAAUUUUCAUCGCUCUCUUCUUCUCUGCAGAUGCUAAUGGCUUCUAUGGCGGCGGCGGCGAUUGUGUAUACGCUCUCUACGUCAAGACUGGAUCAAUAAUGAAGGCAGGAACAGACUCAAAAAUCAGCCUGACACUAGGAGACGCACAAGGCCGAUCAGUGUGGGUUCCGGACCUUCAAUCAUGGGGUUUAAUGAAGCCCAAACAUGACUACUACGAGCGUGCUAACCUUGACAUCUUUAGUGGCCGCGGUCAGUGCAUCGGUGCACCCAUAUGCCGCCUCAACUUGACCUCUGAUGGCCAAGGGUCUCACCAUGGCUGGUACUGUGACUACGUGGAAGUCACCUCCACAGGACCACACAAGGAGUGUAGCCAGACUAUCUUUUAUGUUGAUCAAUGGUUGGCUGCUGAUGUUCCACCCUUUAAGCUAACUGCCUUGCUUGAUGGAUGCAGAAUCGGGGAUGAUGCCUUGAAGAAGGGAAAAAAUGGGAAGUUCGCUGUGGAGAAUGUUAGAGGAUCUGCUUUUUCUUGAGAUCAGUAGGAGAGCAAUCCAGUCUACAAAACUGGAUUCCUUGUAGGUCUUCGAUGAGUUGGAAGACCAAAAUAUGCCCCACUUUGAUUAACAAGAAUAAUUA